UAAUGCAGCUGCAAGUUGCUGCAAGGGCAAGACCCUCCACAUCGAAGUUUGGUGGUGUAAACAAAAUCUUGUUGCGUAGGAAAUACUUUCUCUUUUUUUAUUGGUGUAUAACUUAAGUAUGAACACGAAAGACAUCGAAAGUAUAAACCCAGCUAAAGAUCGGCCAGACGAAGGCUUCUGCAGUGGAAUAUGUGCUGUUAUACUCACAGUUCUUUCAUUCAUUCUUGUCAUAUGUACCUUCCCUUUAUCUUUGCUGUUUUGUCUCAAAAUUGUUCAAGAAUAUGAGAGGGCUGUCAUAUUUCGUCUCGGUCGAUUGAUGUCUGGUGGAGCAAAGGGCCCUGGUCUAUUUUUCAUCUUGCCUUGCAUUGAUUCGUAUAAAAAGGUUGAUCUUAGAGUUGUUUCAUUUGAUGUACCUCCACAGGAAAUCUUAACCAAAGAUAGCGUGACAGUUGCUGUGGAUGCAGUUGUUUACUACAAGAUCUAUAAUGCCACAAUGUCUGUUACCAAUGUUGAGAAUGCCAGUAACUCUACUCGUUUGUUGGCUCAAACAACUUUACGUAAUGUUCUUGGCACACGAAGCUUGAGUGAAAUUCUCUCAGAGCGAGAGACUAUCAGUCAUGCUAUCCAAGCAAACCUUGAUGAGCCCACUGACCCAUGGGGUGUAAGAGUAGAAAGAGUUGAGGUUAAAGAUGUACGCCUGCCUCAGAAUCUCCAAAGAGCAAUGGCUGCUGAGGCUGAGGCAGCAAGAGAAGCUAGAGCAAAGGUGAUUGCUGCUGAAGGAGAAAUGAAUGCAUCACGAGCUCUAAAAGAAGCAGCAGAAGUGAUUGCAGAGUCUCCUCAGGCUCUUCAAUUGAGAUAUCUUCAAACAUUGAGUGCUAUUUCUGCUGAGAAAAAUUCAACCAUAAUCUUCCCUCUUCCACUAGAUAUGCUCAGUUCCCUAAAGAAUUCUGCAUCGUAAAAUGUGCUGAAAUGUUUUCCUUCAUCUUUGUUAUAUGACAUUUCAAAAUAUAUGAAAUAUGUUGUAUCCGAUUGUUUUUCAAUUGCAAUGUCACACAUUGUUUGUGAUAAAUCCAAUGUAAUCUUGCUAUACAUUUUAUAAAACUACAUUUGUAUAACUAGCUUUAAUGUAGGUUGGCAUUACCUGGGUCACAAAAUACAAGUCUUUGAUGUGUUUAA